CUUGGUCAUUAAUGUGGACUUAACACAGUGGGUUUUAAAAAAAAAAAAAAAAACUUCGAAUGGUCAACCUAAGAAAAGAGAGAAAUAAAAGAGACUUUUCAUAAUUCCUCCACACCAUAUAUUCUUUUAAAAUAAACAAAUGAAAAUAGAGAGUCUUCUCCACACUAUAUUCGUUUCAAUUUCAAUACUCAUUACUAAUUCCUUUUGAUAUGUAUUUAAAAUAAAUUAAUAAAUAAAUAAUAAUCAUAAGACAAACCAGAUAGAUUGGCAAUCCAACUCCACCCCACCUCCCACCCUACCCCCCCUACCCUACAAACUCAAACAAAGUCCUAUAUUUUUCAUUCCAUCCUCCCCAUCAUAUUCCGCAAAUUUUCUCACCCAAGCCUGCCUCUCUCUUUUUGCCUUUUUAUUCACAAUCAACAAUCAACCAAAUUCAUUUCUCCCCUAAUAUAAAACACACACCAUACAACAAACAACAUCCUUCCUCCUCCCUCUUACAACCCAUUUUUACUCUCUCUUCAACCUUCAAAUUCCUCCCUUGAGAAAAUUAAUAACAAUCAAUGGGAUUUGAUGAUAUAUGCACUCCAGGCCUGGUACUUGGUUUAGGGCCAUCCUCAACAACGAUUGAUAUUCAGAAACCCAAGAAGCUAUCUUCCAUCAAGUCGGAAUCAUCAAACUUUGAGCCGUCCCUGACUCUGAGCCUUUCCGGUGAGGCGUUCGAUAGAGUAAUUGCCAAGAAGUUGGAAGCUGCCGGUGACCCUCACACCGCCGUCGCCGCAGCAGCUGUAGCCGUACAUCCUCCGGCUGCCGCCGCCGUCGUGGAUGACUUGCACCGUCAAGACAGCGCUGCGUCGUCGUUUUCAAACGUGAGCGUGAAGAGGGAAAGAGAGAUUUGCAGUGAAGAUGCUGAGAUAGAGAGAGUUUCUUCAAGAGUGAGCGAUGAAGAUGAUGAUGGCGCCAAUGGAAGGAAAAAACUUCGGCUCACUAAAGCUCAGUCUGCUCUCUUGGAGGAAAGCUUUAAGCAACACAGCACUCUGAAUCCGAAGCAAAAGCAAGACUUGGCAAGAGAACUCAAUUUAAGGCCACGACAAGUUGAAGUUUGGUUCCAGAAUAGAAGAGCCAGGUAAAUUAAACAUCCAUCAAUUGUGAAUCAUUUGUUUGGUGUGUGACUGUGUGCACGAUUUCUGAUUUCUGAUUUGUGGGAUGGCUGGGGCUACAGGACAAAGCUGAAGCAGACGGAAGUGGAUUGUGAAUUCCUGAAGAAAUGCUGUGAAACGCUGACGGAUGAGAACAGGAGGCUGCAGAAAGAGCUACAGGAACUGAAAGCGUUAAAGGUAGCACAGCCACUGUACAUGCAGUUGCCGGCGGCUACCUUGACCAUGUGUCCUUCCUGCGAAAGGGUUGGUGGUGGGGUCACCGAUAAUGCUGCCACCAAGAAUCAUCAUCCCUUCACCAUCUCUCAAAAACCCCACUUCUUUAAUCCCUUCACCAAACCGUCUGCUGCUUGUUAGGAAGAUCAUAUAGUAUUAGGUAUGUUAGCUGUGUGAAAAAUAUAUAGCUAGCGUUAGAUUGAAUGAAAAUUAAGGAGAAGAAAAGAAAAAUACUACGUUUAUAUGAUGAUCAGAUUAUUGAUCAGGUAUAAUCACAACCCCCCUCAACCCACCUUUUUUUGGUUAAGGGGUAGAGCUAGUGAGUACUGAUAAUUAAGGUUAGUUCAUCCGUUAAUCUCUUGUAGAAAUUUACUAAUCAUCACUAUUCAAUUUCCCCGUCCUCUGGAAUAUCUGCUUGUAAAUGAUGAUGGAUUUAUAUAAUAUGAAAGGUAUUUUUGCUAAAAUUAUGUAUCCCCCUUUUUUUUCAUAUAUUUGCAGUAUUUAAUUAUUAC